AUGAGCGUGCGGAACCUGGUGGUCAACAAGAGGGUGUAUGCCCGACUUGACAUGAUCGGCAAGGGAGGUUCGUCCCGCGUUUAUCGCGUCAUGAACAACGCGAACGAGAUUUAUGCGAUUAAGAGGGUUAGUUUGGAUAAGACGGAUGCGGAGACGAUGAGCGGGUAUAUGAAUGAGAUCGCACUGUUGAAGAGGUUGGAGGGAAAUUCGAGGAUCAUUAGGUUGGUGGAUUCGGAGGUCAAAGGAACGUUGGCGGAUCCGAAAGGGACUUUGAUGCUGGUUAUGGAGUGUGGCGAGAUUGAUUUCGCAAAGUUAUUGCUGGAUCAACAGAAGGAGCCGAUGAACAUGGCUUGGAUCGCCUAUUACUGGCAGCAGAUGCUUCAAGCCGUCCAAGUUAUUCACGACGAGAAGAUCGUGCACUCUGAUCUUAAGCCGGCCAACUUCGUCCUCGUCAAGGGCCAACUGAAGCUCAUCGACUUCGGGAUUGCGAAUGCCAUCGCGAACGAUACGACGAAUAUUCAACGGGACCACACGAUCGGCACGGUCAACUAUAUGUCACCAGAAGCUAUUGAAUGUCAAGAAAACAUGUCACGGCUCAAAGUCGGUCGCUCGUCCGACGUCUGGUCCCUCGGUUGUAUCCUCUAUCAGAUGGUCUAUGGCCACCCUCCAUUCCAUCAUCUCGGCGUUUUGCAGAAGAUGAAGGCCAUCCCGGACACGAAUCACGAGAUUAAGUUCCCGGCCUUCUCGUUGAAGGGGACGAGAGUGCGGAAGGAUCUGAUCGAGUGUAUGAAAGGAUGUCUGGUCAGAGAUCCGAAGCAGAGGUCCUUGAUACCGGAUAUGUUGGAGGACGAUUGGUUGUCGCUCAAAGAAAGUAUGUGA